GAGAGGAGUUGGACCCGGGGCCGAGCGGGGACUCCGCGCCCCCAGGGAACGGCCACCGCCGCUGGACAGCAGCCAGCGCCGCAUCCCUGCAGCCGAUCGCUGCCUCCCGUCGGGGACCGCGAAUCUCUCCUGCCGCGUCGGGGUCGCCCUCGGCUAUCCCCUCUGCCACCAUGAGAAACAUCUUCAAGAGGAACCAGGAGCCCAAUGUGGCUCCGGCCACCACCACUGCCACAAUGCCCCUUGCGCCCAUCGCGCCUGCCGACAACUCUACGGAGAGCACGGGUACUGGGGAGAGCCAAGAAGACAUGUUUGCCAAGCUGAAGGAGAAAUUCUUCAACGAGAUCAACAAGAUCCCCUUGCCCCCCUGGGCCCUGAUUGCCAUGGCUGUGGUUGCUGGCCUCCUGCUGCUCACCUGCUGCUUCUGCAUCUGUAAGAAGUGCUGCUGCAAGAAGAAGAAGAACAAGAAGGAGAAGGGCAAAGGCAUGAAGAAUGCCAUGAACAUGAAGGACAUGAAGGGGGGCCAGGAUGACGAUGAUGCAGAGACAGGCCUGACUGAAGGAGAAGGUGAAGGCGAGGAGGAGAAAGAGCCAGAGAACCUGGGCAAACUGCAGUUUUCUCUGGACUAUGAUUUCCAGGCCAACCAGCUCACCGUGGGUGUCCUGCAGGCUGCGGAACUCCCAGCCCUGGACAUGGGUGGCACAUCAGAUCCUUAUGUCAAAGUCUUCCUUCUCCCAGACAAGAAGAAGAAAUAUGAGACCAAGGUGCACCGGAAGACCCUGAACCCAGCCUUCAACGAGACGUUCACUUUCAAGGUGCCAUACCAGGAGUUAGGAGGCAAAACUCUGGUGAUGGCUAUCUAUGACUUUGACCGCUUCUCUAAGCAUGACAUCAUCGGGGAGGUGAAGGUGCCCAUGAACACGGUGGACCUUGGCCAGCCCAUCGAGGAAUGGAGAGACCUACAAGGCGGAGAGAAGGAAGAGCCAGAGAAGCUGGGUGACAUCUGUACCUCCUUGCGCUAUGUGCCUACUGCUGGGAAGCUCACCGUCUGUAUCCUGGAGGCCAAGAACCUGAAGAAGAUGGAUGUAGGGGGCCUUUCAGACCCCUACGUGAAGAUCCACCUGAUGCAGAACGGCAAGAGACUCAAGAAGAAGAAGACGACAGUGAAGAAGAAGACCCUGAACCCCUACUUCAACGAGUCCUUCAGCUUCGAGAUCCCCUUCGAGCAGAUCCAGAAAGUCCAGGUUGUCGUCACCGUGCUAGACUACGACAAACUGGGCAAGAACGAAGCCAUCGGGAAGAUCUUUGUAGGCAGCAACGCCACAGGCACGGAGUUGCGGCACUGGUCUGACAUGCUGGCCAACCCUCGGAGGCCCAUUGCCCAGUGGCACUCUCUGAAGCCUGAAGAAGAAGUGGAUGCUCUUCUGGGCAAGAACAAGUAGGCUCCAGCGGCCGGGGCCACGCCCCCGAGGACACGGACAGAUCCAGAGCUAUCAAUACCUCAGUUACGCGACCUUAGAGGUUUCUUCAUUUGUUUGCGGUGUGUCCCGUUCUUCCUUCCUUUUUCUCUUUUUAAAGACCAACUUCCUUUUGGUGGCUGUGUGAAGAGAGUCCCCUAAGAGGUGAAAGGAAAGCCUGGCUCUGUUAUUGUCCCCGGAGCGGUCCUUGUUGCAUGCCCUUUCACGGUUUCCCCUCACCCCAAGUGGGGCCCUCUACUGUCAGAAAGUUGAAGCACUUCCUGCUUUUCCUGGGUUUUGGACCAACAAAAUGGCGCAAGCACAUUCUGUUUCUUGACUGUGAAGGCAACAUAGUGGCCAGCAUUUUGUGUGUGUGUGUGUGUGUGUGUGUGUGUGUGUGUGUGUGUGUGUACAUGCCCAUCCAUCCCCACCUGCCUGUUUUGAACAUCUCUCUUCAUUUUCUCGAAUGAGCCAUGGACAAUGGAGCCAUGUGAAAGGGGAAUGUCUUCAGAGACUCCAAGGUGAAGCCUAAGUGUCAGAUGCCAGAAGAGAGCUUGCGAAUAGCCAUUUGGAAGGUGGCAAGAUGUGAUACUGGAUGUGUUCAGAACUAGGACCAAAGCCCUUGAUGCCAUCAUAGACUCCCUCUUGUCAGUCAUGGCUCCCCACCCCCACCCCAGUGGGGAUUUGGGGACAUUCAUGGAAAUAAACUAUUCACCAGAUUUGUCGGACUCUACCAGGGACUGCCAGCCCUGGGAUGUUGCUCUUGUUGACAACAUCAAACUUUGAAGAAACAGAAGUCCCAUUACUCAGAAAGCCUAGAAUUAAGCUCCUGGAUCUUUGCCUUGUCCCUCUGCAGAGCACAGGCAGCGCGUUCGUUUGCAUUCACGCACCAUCUUGCUUUUGCCUCUGUUUCCCUUUUUGUGUAAGUGGGAAAAUACCAUCUGAAGACAAGUGCACUGCACAGAGCCAACCUGUUAAAGGCAUGCGUGGGUGUUUAGUUUCCUUGAGGUCCAGGUAAGGAAGAGGUGUCAAGAAGGGGAGCUUGGGUGGAUAGUGACAAGCUGGAGAAUGCAGAGCUCCUCGAAGCUCCCAUUCCUGACCCUCUGGAACCUUUGACCCUCAGUAAUGGUCACUGGAGUGGCCCAGGCCACCCUGCAGAGAGGCCCCAUGCUUCCAUUCCUUUGAGACAGUUUUCUCGGAAUGCCAGGAAACACAGGGCAUUCAUUUCAAAUGGGUGGUAGAGAAAACGUGCUAAGGUUUGCAUCCUGUGUUUAGUUUGUGUUUCCUUCCCUGUCCCCUACUUGUCCCCAGCAUUGAUUAAAAAGCCAUAUAUAUGUUAGUCAGGCUUGCACUAAGUACCCUUCCCGACCUGCAGCCUGGGCAGGGGGCUUAGCCUCGCAUGGAGCCAGAGGCUGCUCCUUUCCCUGGGUCUUGCAUUCGUUCUUGAAUCUCUCAGGCCCUUGUUUUCUUAUCACAGAAAAGAUACAGCUUUCCUGAAGGCGGCAGGGGUGGGGGACACGCUCUUCAACAGCAGAUGUGGCAGGACAUCUGCUCUACCCCACCUGGGCCCUUCCGUUUCUUGUUGGUCUCAGAGAUGGAUGGUGUUGUAGAGUUUGGCCUUGAGAACCCAGCAUGGAGAAGAUGCAGUGUCUUCAUUUUAAUUUUAGUGAAAAUGCAUAUGUGGGUUUGCUUUGCUUUUGUUGUUGUUGUUUUGUUUUCUGUUUUGUUUUAAGUAGGGAGGGGGGUAAAACUUCUACCAGAAACAGACUGUGAAGUAGGUUUGACCUGCCUCUCUUUUAGAGACCCUUUUGUUAUUGGCCCUUGGUAUGUGGGAAAUUGUGUAUUUCAUACACUAUCUGUAUGUGUGUUUAUGCUAAACACUGAGAAAGGAGGACUCUGGUAGGAUUAUGGGCUGUCGUCUUUGGGACCAGAGUUCUAGUCAUAGUAGAACAUUGUUGGGCAUUGGGUACACUCAGAGUUCAGGUGGCUAGAGAGUACCAGGGUCCCUGUAUGGACAUCAUCUGAGGUCACUGGAUUCUUUUCUGUGGAAUCUUGGUGCUUUCCCGGUCCCUCCCCACUGGCUCUUCUCACCCACAUUCCAUGAAGCCUGUUCACAGAACCUCCCCCCAACAACCUCACCCUUCUUCCUGUGUUCUCUCGGCCUUUCCCAAUCACCUUUAAACUCCUGGGUUCUCUCCUACAAACUUCACUCAGCUCUUCAGUCCGUAGUCCUACUGCGCUGCGGACAGAGGGAAGGGAGGAACGGUGGGCGCCUCUGUGGUUUGACGGGCCCUGGGCUUAGACACAGGCCAGAGCUCAUUCCUGUGGGCAGUCUGCCAGGGCUUUUGGCUGAUCACUAGUUUGGAGCCAGCAUGGAUGCUGGGAGUGGUUCUCCUCAGGCUUAAGGCUGGUCCUGGACUAGCCACCCAAGCAGAUGGCACCUGUCCAGGUCCUGGGACCAGGCAGGAACAUGUUGAGGCUUAAUUGUUUCUAUAUUGGGGGAGGGGAGGGCUGAUAUGACCCGAACCCCAGCACUGCAUUCCAAACCUUCACUGCCACAGGGGUGGAGUGGGGUGAUGGUGGUGGUGGUGAUGUAUUUUGGGGGAUGUCCGGAUCCUGGGUUAUCAAGAAUAAGCAGAGACAGUCAAUGAUCCUGGCUGGUGACAGAUUCUGGAUACUUCUGUGGAUGGAAGUUUUUAUCCCAAAGAGAGGAAAGUAUUUAUUAGAGGGUUUGUUUGUUUUGUUUUUUGUUUUUUAAAGAGAGCUUAAGCCAUGAACACCAACAUUCCACUCAGGGUCUGGGGGCACAUGUCUCAGAGUGGAGCAAUCUCUGCAGUGCUGGGGCAGUUGUGGGGACUCAGAAACAAAGGCUGAGGCCUGGGGACCAGGGAGCUCCCAGCCUAGCAGGUGCUUGGAACGAGCAGGGGGAGGCCCAGCCAGAGACCUCUGUCUUUCUUCCCAGGAAGCCAACACAUCAUUUUGUUUCUGUAGAAGUGGUUUGUGGUGAUCUUGCUGGCCCACGAUUCAGUGGGGGAGGAGGGAGGCUUUUUUACCACAGGCCUCUUCAUAAAGGUAGCUUUUAUAAACUUGUCUCCAUGCUGGACUCAAGGGUGGAUGAUGCUAGCCAAAAAAAAAAAAAAAACCUCGUUCAUUUAAUGUCAUGUCAGUUCAUGAGAAUCCCAGGUCUCUCGAUCCUGCAGGGAGAGCCUGCGUUUGAGGGCGUACAUAGCAUCAGUCUUCCUGAAGGUGGGAAGAGAUGGAACGUCCCCAUCCCCUGCUCACCGGUGCCUGCUCUGUCUCCCUUUCACUGCAGGCUUGAGGUCUUUUCCCAGAGCCAGUGGGUAGCAACAGGUGGCCCACAGCCCCAUAAUGGCUGCCAGAUUUGGCAAAUACAAAUUCAAGAUACUUGGUUAAACUUGAAUUUCAGAUAAGCAAAUAAUUUUGAAGUUUAAGGACGUCCUAUGCGGUAUUUGGGACAUACUGUACUGUAAACAGUGACUCAUUGUUUAAUGUGAAAUUUAAGUUUAAUUGGCUAAUCCUGUAUCAUGUCUGGCAACGUACCCUCUGGCUCCUUCGUCACCCUUUUCUUCAGUCCCAGGGGCCAGAGGCUGGUUACCACAGUUUUGAUUUAGCCUGUUUUUUGAACUGCAAUAUUGAGAAGGGGACACUGUGACUUGAAGAUACAUGAAUAUACUUUAUUUUUGAAGUAACAACAAAACAGGAACCUUCUGAAGCCAUUGAACCUCAUCAGACCCCCCCCCCAUGUUCAUUUAGUUAUAUAUUAUAAAAGAAGAUGCUAUUCUAUAAACAUACAAGCAGAAUCUUGUUUAAUCAAGAUGCAUGUCUACAAUUCUGUAUAUAGCCGCAUGGCAAUGCUGAGAGCCCCCUUGAUCUCCCAACCCGUUUUACAGAACUGCCUGCUCCUGGAUUUUAUGUUGUGUGAAGUCUUUGUCCUCACCUCCCCUACAGGGAAUGUCCCCAGUGGGAGAAAAUGUCCUGGCCCCGGUGCCAGCCCUGCCCAGGGAAGAUGCUGAAGGACUCUGGCCCUGAAGACAGGCAUGCUGCAUGUCUACAGGGCUAACCUUUGGGGCACAGUGCACUGUCUAGCCUGGCGUCUGGUGUCCCGUUGCUUCUGUGUUCCAUGUGUGUGACGUGAUUCCUUUCUUCCCUAUGUCUUGAAUAAACUGAAAAGCCAUAAAGGGGCCCCCUACAGGAGGGUGCCCUUCCAGACUCCUUCCAGGAGCCCCUCUGUCCCUCUAACUGGCUCCCCACAGAACACUUGUGAAGGGCUCACCUGUCCGCCACCCUCUCGCGCUCCUUUAGCCCUGGGUCAAGAGGACACUUGGUGAUUCAGGGCUUCUGGUGGGGUCUCAGGCUGGCUUUUGUGGCCUGAGUCUGAUGGUGGGACUUACAGGCAGGGCAGUGGUUGUGACUCUGUGGCGUGGAUAAUCUCUUAAGAGGUCCAGAGGCAACCAGGGUUUCAGAAGCAAUCAGCAGCCCAGUCUAUAGCCAGGUCCUCAGUGGCAGCCUGGGAUGAGCAGGACCAGCCCUGCCUAUGUUUCCCUGAGCUGUCAGGGCCCUCGGGGAAAACUUGGAACUGCAGUGGUGAAACUUUCCACCCGCUCUCUCCUUUGUCUGGCAGUACUACAGAACAGGGUGCCCUGAGAGCAAGGUGGGAGGUGUGGUGAAAAGGGGUCACUCACAACUGAGGAGCGCUAGGCUCUGCCCCUCACCUCAGCUCCCAGGGCAGCCUGAGCAGUAUGGCAAGUAGUGAGUAUAUGGGUAGACAGGGCUGGACCCCCCACCCCCCAGAAGCCAGUCGUAUGUUACUAGUCCUGGGGACCUCAGACAGAAUCGGGCAAGUGUAUUCGACAAGGCCAGGGGCAACAAGGUGGGGCUGGCUGGAGAUCUCCGUCUCCACAGAAACUGAAAUUGGGAACUGUAGCAGCGGAGUCUGGCAAGGUGGCGGGAGCCGUGCAUGGGCCUCAGUUUCACCCCCAGCUUUCCUCAGCAGCCAGGAGUUCAGGGAAAAGACCUGUGAGCCUGACCAUUCUGCCCUAACUCCUGCUCACCUAAGGAUUUGAUUUGCUUUCUGAAAACCUUGGGCCCAGAAACUUUCAAGACUGGGGCAGAAGCUGAGCGAGCUGUGUUCCCCCUGGAAUACACUGGCCCUGCCAGGAGCCCCCCCCCCAUCUUCCUAAGGAGGACGUGUGUAGCCCUCCCCACUCUGCUUGGCAAUGCUCUCUCCAUUCCCUUAUGUGGACUCUUGUUCUUGUCUGAUCUCUUGUCAAAUUGUUAUUUUGUAAUGAGCUGCGUCUCCUUAUUAAAGAAAAGAGCU